AAAUGGCCUGUCUCAGUCAGCUGUUCCACCGGAUCGCGUCAUUAUCAUCAAAUUUAUCAACAAUUUCGUCCCAAAAAUCAACAACAAACAUCAAAAUUAAACAAACCAUUAAAUCUUUUAAAUAUCAUUUAUAAAAAUACCAACUAUUAACCGAAAUUUACCAGUAAUUAGUCGUAGAAAAAAAAAAACAACAACAACAACAAAUGUCAAUAUUGUGUGUGGGUGUGUUGUUAAACAAUUUGUUGUUAAUUUGCGUGUUAUUUGUGCAUUAACAUGUAACUGUGAUUAUUCAAAAAUAUAAUAAUAAAACAAUGCAACAUAAAUGUCAUCAUGAUUUUUUUAUAAAACACCAAAAUAUAUUUUAAAAUUACUAUUUAAAAAAAAAAUCAAUUUGUUUAAAUUUUUGACAAGUGUUGUAAAUUGAUGAUCCAUUGUUCAAUACCUGGGAAUCACCUAAAUAAAAAUAUAAAAAGGACAUUCAAGAUGUGAAACUAAUGAAGCAUCUAAUGAAAAAAUUAAACGAAAAAGAUUAAAAAUAACUGGGUGAUAAUAGUAAUAGUAAAAAGGAAAAAUAAAGGAGGAACAAUGAAAUUGGUACCAGCAGUUUAUCUUGGAUUCACAGCAAUUGAUCGCCGGUUCAGUAGUCCAAUGUUACCAUGGAUUACCAAAGAAAUUAAUCGUCGAAGUAAUCACGAAAGGGUGAAUUUGUUGAUUGCAUCUGGAUUUAUAUCAGCCUACGCUGAUGAAAAAGAACAGCCACUUUUUCGUCAUUCAUUGACUGGUCCAUCAAAACCACAACCAGUGUCAGUUAAUUCACAAGAUGCUAAAGCUGGGAAUUUUCUUUAUCUGAUAAAAGGUGAUGAUGGUCUCUAUUACUAUCAUCUCUUCAAAGUUGAAAAUGCCGAAACUGUGCAAGAAUUAUUUAGCGCCAUGAAAGAACAAUCGUCAUUGUCAAGAGUUGACAGAGAAAGAGAACUUCAAAGAUCAAAUAGCAGUGCAGCUUCAUUGACAACAAUUGGUGUUGAUAUAUCACCAAGUUCAUCACAUUUUUUUGAGGUAUUAUAUGUUGGAAAAAUAAAGCUAUCACAUCAAAAAGUACCAGAAACAUUUAUUGAUGAUGCAUUGGUUAAAUUUAAAGUACAUUGUUUAGAAAAAACAAAAUCAAAUGCUAGUAAUUUAAUUGCUGAAUGUAAUCAAUUACGUCGUCAGGCACAUAUUGGUGCUGCUAAUGAAAAUAGACGUGAUAGUAAUGAUUCAACAACAAGUGAUCAAGAUAAUAAUGAUAAUGUAAAUGGUACAAAUUUAAUAUCACCAACAAGUCCACUUGGUGUUGUACAAACACUAGGUGGUUCUGUUGAAUCAUUACCUGUACCUGUACAUGAUAUUGAUAUACAAGAUAAUAAUCAACAAAUUAAUAAUAAAAAAAUUGUUAAUAAUACAAUGCCAGUUCCUGAUGUUAUGAGAAAUAGAGCAUCGUCAACUGGUAGUGUAUUAGGACCAAGAAGAGAAUCAUCUGCUAAAGGAAAUGAUGAUCAUAAUCGUACAAUGCUUUUUCAGGUUGGAAGAGUUGAUUUACGACUAAUAAGUCCAGAUAGAAAACAAGUAUUAUUUCAUAAACAACUCAAAGACAUUGCAAGUUGUGUACAAGGAAUAAAAAAUUCUGAACAUUUUGGUUUUAUUUGUCGUGAAGCAGCAGUUGAUUGUUUCAUUGGAUAUAUAUUCAAAUGUCAAUCAGCCUCGGUUGCUGAUGACUUGGUUGGAGCAAUAACUCAAGCAUUCAUUGCAACUUGUCACGGUUUGAAGAAAGAACGUUCAGUAUUUUCUUGUGAGCAUUGUCCAAUGAUUUGGUACACAAAGCUAGUCCAAGAAAUUGACGGUCAAAACGAUAGAAAAACUCAAAAUAUAAUAUUUUCAAGAAUGGAAAUGCUACCAGAGGAUGAACAAGAAAUUGUCGUUACAAAAUAUAAAGGUGCUGAAGCUGCUGGUGGUUCUGGACGUGAAUUUAGUUUACGUGAACAAAAUCAAUUUUUAAUGAUGUUAUUACGUGCACAUUGUGAAUCAAAACAAACACGACAUGUACAUGAUACUGCUGAAAAUCGUAGUGAAUUUUUAAAUCAAUAUUUAAGUGUUGGUGUUGGUAGUACAAUAUUUAUGAAAGCCAAAAGAUCAUUGACAAAUAGUUUUGAUCAUUUAAUGAAAAGAAAAGGUUCACGUGAUGAUUUUGGUAUUGGUACAAGUGUUAGAGAAGCUAAAAGUGAACGUCAAAGUCCAGUUAGUAGUGGUCCAAUUAUUACAACUGGUGACACAACACCAGAUUCAAAUAGACCAAGAUCAUUGAGAGUAUCACCGGAACAACAAUUGACAGUAACAACUGGACCAAAAAGUCCAAUGAUGGAUAUAUUUUUAAAAGUUGGAAAUUCACCAAAAAUGUCACCAACUGAAUCUGAAGAUUACAGUCAUUUACAAUCACGUGGAUCAUGGCGUCAAGCAAUAUUAAAUCGUGUUGUUACACCAGGAAAAGAUCAAGAUAAUCGUGAUGGUGAAAAAUUAAAUGGUAAUAAUAAUAAUAUUAAUAUGAUUAAGCCAAAAAGAACACGUGAUGAAUUACGUGAAUUAUGGAAAAAUGCAAUAAAUCAACAAGUUAUAUUAAUACGUAUGGAAAAAGAAAAUACAAGAUUACGUGUACGACAAGAAGAAGCAACAAUGAAAAGAAUAAAACUUGAAUAUGAUGAAUUAAGUAAUUGUGCACGUGAACUUGGUGAAGUAUGGGAUUUAUUAGUUAGUAAAGAAUCAAGAAUAUCAACAAAAUGUGAUAAUCAAAUGUUAUUACAAGCAAUAAAACAAGGUGUACCACGUGGUAAACGUGGUGAAGUAUGGCAAUUUUUAGCUGAACAAUAUUGUUUAAAAAUGCCACCAAUAAAUACACAUGAUUAUCCAAAUUAUAAUACACCAUAUGAAUUAUUAUUAAAACAAUUGACAUCACAACAACAUGCAAUAUUAAUUGAUCUUGGUAGAACAUUUCCAAAUCAUCCAUAUUUUUCAUCACCACUUGGUCCAGGACAACUUGCGUUAUUUAAUUUAUUAAAAGCAUAUUCAUUACUUGAUCAUGAAGUUGGUUAUUGUCAAGGUUUAAGUUUUGUUGCUGGUGUAUUAUUAUUACAUAUGUCAGAAGAUCAAGCAUUUUUUUUACUUCGUCAUUUAAUGUUUAGACGUGGAUUGAGAAAAUUAUAUCUUCCUGAUAUGGCUGCAUUACAAUUACAUCUUUAUCAAUUAUCACGUUUAUUACGUGAUAGAUUACCUUUAAUUUACAAUCAUUUUGAUAAACAUGAAGUAUCACCAACAUUAUAUGCAGCACCAUGGUUAUUGACAUUAUUUGCAAGUCAAUUUCCACUUGGUUUUGUAACACGUGUAUUUGAUUUGUUAUUGUUGGAAAGUUCAGAAGUUAUAUUUAGAGUUGCAUUAGCUCUACUUGAAGAACAUCAAGAUAAAUUAUUAUUAUGUGACAGUUUUGAAGAAAUAAUGGAUUAUUUAAAAAUUAAAGUUCCAUCUGUUGAUAAAUUAAUACUUGAUCGUGUUAUGAAACGUGUAUUUUAUCCAGAUAUUGAAAUACUUAAACAACUCAAUGAAUAUCGUGUUGAGUAUCAAGUAUUACAAGAAGAAAUGAUAUCAGUUAAAUAUCAAAUUGAAAAUAUUGAAAAACUAGAAAUAAUUAAUAAACAGUUGAAAAAACAAAAUGAACAAUUAAAUUCACAACUUGAUAUUGUUGUUAAUAAUUUACAUCAUUUAGAAACAAAAAUAUCAACAAGAUCAUCACAGCCACAAUCAUCAAAUCAUAAAUAUGAAUCACAAAUACGUAGUUUAGAAGUAACAGUAUCAACACUUGGUGGUUUUAUACAACAACUUGCUGAUACUAGAAGUGAUAUUGAAAUACCAGGUGAUGUUAGACGUAUAUGUGCACAAUUAAGUAUUGCUGAAAAACGUAAAUAUAACAAUACAACAAAAUCAUAUCCAUUUAAAAUAAUUGAAGAUAAUAAUAAUCAUUAUUAUGAACCACAAAAAAGUAAUUCAACUGGUGGACGUGAUUCAAAAUUAUAUUUAAAAAAUAAUAUGGAAACACCAUAUCCACUUAAAUCAGCAUUGAGCCAACCAAAUUUGGGAACAAAGCUAGAAAAAAUGUCAUCAUUUUUUGCUAAUUCACAUAAUCAUAUACAACGACAACGUGCUGAACGUGCUGCAAUACGUAAUGAAUCAUUUAACGAAACUAAUAAUGAUGAAAAUGAUCCAAAAACAGUUAAUAUUGAUAUUAAAAUAACCGAUACAGUUAACAAUCAAACACAAGAUAAUAAUAAUAAUGCAUCACAAAUUGAUAAUAAAUUAAAAAUUGAUAAUAAUUUGGGCUUUGAAAAAUCAUCAUCAUUACCAUUGAAUAAUAAAAUUAAAUUAAAAUCAACUAAAUCAGCAUAUGAGCUUGGUUCUGUUAAAAAAAUACCAACAACAAAGCUUGAAGAUAUUAAUGAUGGUGGUGUUAUAAGUGUUGGAACAAUUCAUCCACUUGAUUCUUGCAGUGAUGUUAAUUUUAAAUAUGGUGGUACAACUAAAUUAAAAUGUAUUAAACCAGUUAGAUUGUUAUCAAAUCCUGGUAGUCAAAAUGAUAACAAAGAUAUACAACAACAAAAUUCAGAAAUUAUUACUAGAUAACAAAUGGUUCUUGUUACUAUUCAAAAUGAUAAUUUAUUUGUUAUUAAAGAGUAGAUUGUUUAUUAUUUAAUUUAAUGCUUUUUAAAUGUUUUUUUUUUUUUUAAAUCAUGUUGUUUAAUUGAAUUAUUAUUAUUAUUAUUAUAUUCAAGUCAAUUUUUUUAAAAAUAUAUUUGUUUUUUUUUUUUUAUGUUGUUUGUUAAAUAUAAAAGUUAUAAUUUGAUUUUUUAAAAAACAGUAUUUAAUUAUUGGUAUUAUAUUUUCAACUGGAAUCCAGGAAAUAAGUUUUUUCAAUUUUUUUUUUUUCUAGCACGCAUGUAAUAAGCCCGCACAAAAAAAUUAAUAUAUUUUUUUUGUCUUUUAUUUUGUAUUUUCAUCAAUAUAUAUAUCAACAAGUUGAUGGAUUAACUGAUGGAACGAUUGUCUUGCCAUUUAAAAUUUAAAUAUAUCAGAAUAUUAAUCUCAAUCAGCGUGCCAACAAUAUAAUUAAUUUAAAAAUAAUAAUCAAUUGUUUAUUUAUCAUAAAAUAUCAAAAAAACAUUAUAAUAUAUUUAAAAAAUACACAAACAAU